AUGAUGUGUCGAGAAAAGCAGGCAAACAAUCUUCCACGUGAUAUAACAGCUGCACAAAAUGAAAUUGGACGUUUACAAAAUCAACUCAAUCAUGUACAAAUCUCUCUUGCUGCAUCACGUUUUAGUAGAACUACUGAUAGACAAGAAUAUAAUAGACGAAUAAAUGAACUGAAACAAAAACUAGAACAACAAGAUGAAAAACUAGAACAGCAGCAGGAAAUGAUCAACAAUUUAAUUUCAGUUAAUCUAUGCACAAUAUCUUUAUUUUCUUUGGUCGUAAUUUUCGAAGCAACUUAUGUUAAACUUCGUUCAACGCAUGAUGACGCUCAACCAGUAACUUUUAAUGGAACAAAGCCCGGCAUUCCUACUGAUAACGAACAAUUAACAAGAUAA